AACACAGGGUCAGACAUUGAUUCCUCGUUUUCUUCCUCCUUCUGUACGGAGCUGGAUGAACAGAUGUUGGUUGCCAUGGAGACACUGGAGAGGCCUCAAAGGUCACAGAAAGCCAAUAAGAUCAGAGCUGGCCUGACAUCAACACCAGGAUGUGUGACCCCGUUACCAAGACGACAGUCCCAGCUGAUGAAGUCCCUGUUCACCCUCCAGAGUCCCCUAAAUGACAGCUUCCUCUCCCCCUUCCCCUCCCAGAACAAAACCUCCAAUACAAAGAAAGGGGAGGAAAACCUGACCCCUGCCACUGCAAAUAGCUCUGUUAGACUUAGUAGAGGGGGAAAGCCCAACAGAAAGAAACCAAGAAAUGUAUUAAAUGAAAUUGUCAAUGAAAAAGUAAAGGAAGGUGGAGGGGGUGUAGAGGAAGAGGAGAAUAUGAUUCACCUUGAUGUGAUAGGUCAAAGGUCAAGGACAGAAGAAAAUACUGAUGACGUUAGUUCAGAAACACAGGAAAGGGUGGCUGAAAAUCAAGAGAUGAUGGAAAAUGCGAAUGCUGGUGAGUUUUUGACAGAAGACAAGCUGUUAUUAAGUAACUGGGGACUUCCUGACCCUGUAUUAAAACAGUACACAGAUAAGGGGAUCACCUCAAUGUUUUCCUGGCAAGCAGAAUGUCUAUGUUUACCCGGGGUAUUAGGAGGAGGUAACUUGGUAUACUCGGCCCCCACUAGUGCUGGUAAAACAAUGGUGGCAGAACUCCUGGUCCUGAAGCGAGUUCUAGAGACAAAGAAGAAAGCCAUCUUUAUCUUACCUUUUGUGUCUGUGGCCAGAGAAAAGAUGUUCUAUUUACAG